AUGUAUCGCACAAAUCAAAAUGGCCAGUCCCAGAGAGAAGAUGCCGAUGGAUUCCACCAGAACCGUCUAACUGCCAGACAAACUACCUCUGUGAAUAUGUCAGCAACAAUUUCCGAGCAAUUUAAAGAAUCAUGGCUCACAGUUAUAAUUGGAUCUAUAAUGUUUGCUAUUGGAAUGUGUCUUCUGUUUUGGAACGAGGGGAAAGCUGUGAGGGUUGCGUAUUCUUUAAAUGAAGCUUUGCACAACAUAGUCGUAGUUUCUAAUCCACUUGCCUUAUUGCCCGAUUACCAAGGUCGUUUGGUAUACUUGUCAGGGCACUUACAAGUCUUGGAACCAUUGACGGAGCCAGAUUAUGGAAUUGUCAUGUCUAGUGUGAAAUUAAAAAGAAGGGUACAGAUGUAUCAGUGGGUUGAGAUUGAAGAAGAAGAAAGUUUCGGUGGUGCAACGGAGGAUGAGAAGCACUAUUAUUACACAACGGAAUGGAAGGAUAAACUCGUGGAUUCGGAUCACUUCUACAUUCGCACUGGUCAUCAUAAUCCGAAGGAAAUGUCAAUCAAGAGCCAAUUGCAGAUUGCGGAUGAGGUGAAGAUUGGUGCAUUUACAUUUGGGGUUGAACUGAAGAAGAAGUUUACCGACUUUGUGGAAGUUACCAGCGACGAGAGGCCAGAACGAAAGGACAUUAAAAUGCAUUCGGGAUUGUAUUAUCAUAGCGCGGACUUGUGGAAUCCACAAGUAGGAGACAUCAGAAUACAAUUCUCUUACGCGGGGAAAAGCGGAGAAGUUUAUACGGUGGUUGGUCUGCUGGAGAAAGAUGUUAUCAAGCCGUAUUACACGCAGCAAGGCGAGGAGAUUUUGCUGCAACGAAAGCACAAGAUUUCGGUGGAUCAGAUGUUUCACUUGGAGCACAAGCAUAAUUAUUGGCGAACCUGGUACAUUAGAGUCCUUGGAUGGCUGGUGCUCUUUGUGGCGGCGACGUGUUUGGCAAACAUACUAAAGACCAUUAUACUAAAUUCGACGUUUCUUUGCGGCAUAAUAGCGGUUGAGUCUCUGACCCUAUCAGUCUCCAUGUUCAUUAGUUUCCUAGUAAUCGGUAUUGCUUGGGUAUGGUAUCGGCCGAUGAUCGGUCUUUGUUUAACACUCAUGUCCAUUGUACCUUUUAUCUACUCGCGUCUGACGUCCGGGUCUUCAUCUCAACAGCGUGAAAAUUAUAAUAGAUUAUAAACUAGAUUUACAAUAUCAUUUUACUGCUUUCACUUUCUAGUCUUUUUAACUCUAUUAUAUUCACACGUGACAUAAUAUUACAUAAGACAUAAUUUAUUAUGACAAUAUUUAUAAUAAAAAUGCCACAUAUUUGAUAUUAGA